AUGAGACCUCAAUUUCAGAAAAGUUUGUGGAAGAAAAUAUUAACUGGAUCUAAAGCAAUACCAAAACAUAGAUUCAUUCUAUGGUUAGCAGUACAUAGGAAAUUGGCUACAGUUGAUCGACUAAGGAGAUGGGGAGUAACAGUAGCAAAUGAAUAUGUACUAUGCGCAACAAAAGAGGAGGAGUCAAUGGAACAUAUAUGGUUUGGAUGUGAGUAUGCCAGAACAAUAUGGGUUCUACUGUUACAAUGGCUGAAUGAAAAACAUCAGAUUGGUACCUGGGAAGAGGAGAUUGAAUGGUUGAAAAGAAGAACUGCCAGCAAAGCUCGAGGUGAAAUAUUGAUAUUCCUAUUCACAGCAAUGGUGUAUCAUGUCUGGGCAGAGAGAAACAAAAGAAGAUUUCAAGGGAAAACAGUUGCUUGCAAUCAGAGGAUCAAAGAUAUUGCAAUGCAGCUGCAUAUCACAGGGUAA